CUCCUCCCAACACAUGACACUGACAGGAAGGCGGGACAAUAAGGAGAAGGAGGGCAAAGAGGAGGAGGAGGAGUUGUGGUUUGUACAAUCAUAAUGAGACGACUGCUAAACUGUCAGAAAGAGGGAAGAGGUGGAGGUACAGCAGGACAGCCACGGUCACUGUGUGGAGGUGUGAUUAGCUGGGAUCAUCAGCGAGAGUGUGCUUUCUUGUCUGUGCCCUGGACAUGGUGAUUAACAGAGCAAAGAGAGAGGAAAAGUAAGACGAGAAACAAAAAGGAAAAAUUAAGACGACUGAAAGAUGGAUAAUCAAGACAGCGGAGGAGGAACAGAUGGAGGAGGAGGAAACACAGAAAAACUGCAAGCGAAUGAGGUUGGUGAUGAAGAAAAGCAAAGCAAGGACAAGCACAACAAGAGGGAGAAGGAGAGCAGUGAGAGGCAGCCGAGCCGCCGCUGUCAGUGGAAGAGCGGCUGGGCUCUGACUGAACGCCUGGCCAUCAAUGUGUCAGGGAUGCGUUACGAGACCCAGCUCCGCACCCUCACCCAGUUCCCAGACACACUGCUGGGUGACCCCCAACGUCGACUUCGCUACUUCAACCCCCUGAGGAACGAACUCUUCCUGGACAGGAGCCGCGUCUGCUUCGAUGCCAUCCUGUACUUUUACCAGUCAGGCGGGAGGCUGCGGAGGCCUGCCAACGUCCCCCUGGACAUGUUCAUGGAGGAGCUGCGCUUCUACGAGCUUGGCGAAGAGAUCAUCGACCGCUUCAAGGAGGAAGAAGGCUUCCCCAAGGAGGAGGAGAGGCCGCUACCCACCAACGAGCUGCAGCGGCGCCUCUGGAUGCUGUUUGAGUAUCCGGAGUCCUCGAGUGGAGCUCGCAUCAUCGCCAUCAUUAGUGUCAUGGUGAUUGUCAUCUCCAUUCUCAUCUUCUGCCUGGAGACGCUGCCUGAGUUCAGGAAUGAGAAGGAACAGAGGGAGCAAUUCACCACCAUACCUCACCCCACCAUAGAGAACGAAACCAUUUUGAUCCCACCUGGCUUCACUCCCUUCCAAGACCCCUUCUUCAUCGUGGAGACGAUUUGUAUCUUCUGGUUCUCAUUUGAACUCACCGUGCGCCUAAUUUGCGCUCCGAGCAAGAUGCACUUCUUCAAAGACGUCAUGAACACCAUCGACUUCUUCGCCAUCAUUCCUUAUUUCGUCACACUUGGCACCGAGCUGGCCAAGGACAAAGGCGCGCAACCCUCUGUGUCUCUGGCCCUCAUCAGGGUCAUCAGGCUGGUCAGGGUCUUCAGGAUCUUCAAGCUCUCUCGUCACUCGAAGGGCCUCCAGAUCCUGGGUCAGACACUGAAGGCCAGCCUCAGGGAGCUCGCCCUGCUCAUCUUCUUCCUCUUCAUCGGCGUCAUACUCUUUUCUAGCGCUGUCUACUUUGCUGAGGUGGACAGGCCUGACACGGCCUUCACCAGCAUCCCUGAGGCUUUCUGGUGGGCAGUGGUGUCCAUGACAACAGUUGGCUACGGAGACAUGUUCCCAGAGACGGUAGGGGGAAAGCUGGUGGGGUCCAUGUGCGCCAUCGCUGGCGUGCUUACCAUCUCGUUGCCAGUACCCGUCAUCGUGUCCAACUUCAGCUACUUCUACCACAGAGAGACAGAGUGUGAGGUAACCACACAGUACCAUCAUGUGUCCUCAUUGCUGUGGGAAGAGGACAAAGAGGACGAUGAUGAGGAGGGGGAUGAGGACGGAUUGGAUGAUGAGCAUGAAUUCACAGGAGAUAACGCGCCCCUGUAUGAGCAGGGCAGCAGGGGCAUCUGCCCUCCACCCAAUGGGACUCUUCUGACAGGACUCUGGGCUGGACAAGCGACUGGCGAUCAGAGAGGAAUAAAUUUCUACCUCAAAGAACCUCUGGUCACACAGGUCUGACAUGGAGCAGACGGACUGACAGACUUUUCAGUUGAAUAUUAAAACCAAGAUGGACUGUUGAAAAGACUUAUACUGACUGACACAAGAUCCUGUUUGUGCCUCUCAUGUGAUCAUGGUUUUUAUAGUUGAGACUUUUGCUUAAUUAUAUUACAAAAAGAUGAAAAGCAAAUGUAUGUUUUUCUCAAAAAAAAAAAAAAAUCUUCUACUUAUAGUACAAACAUAUAGUUUAUAAACUUCCAUAAACUGCAAUUC